GACAAUGAACAUAUCAUUAACCCUUAAAUUAAAGAAAGACCCCAAUCAUGUCUAAUAGUUCAAAUUACUAAUAAUCUUGUUCUAAAACCCUUCUAUAUAAAUCAACAUUACUUGGAAGUAAAAUCACCAAAUAUUUCAUAUUACUAAUUAUAAACACGAUUGAUUCCCCAACCUCUUCUCUCUCCAUCCAAUAUGGUUGAGCUUCAUAAUAUUGGUCAUCAGUUCAUCAUAGAUUAUAACUUUCUUCUAAUCAUCUUAUCAUCAAUCACCUCAAUCAUCUUAUUGGGCCGAGCCAUCAAAUCCUUAAAAGCCCAAAAAAACCCACCACUCCCUCCAAGCCCACCAGCCCUACCUAUCAUAGGCCACCUACAUCUCAUCGGCAAGCUCCCUCACCAUGACUUUGCCAAAAUCUCGGCCCGUUACGGGCCCAUAGUUUACCUCAAGUUUGGCUACAAAACUUCUUUACUAGUUUCCUCAGCCGAAAUAGCCAAAGAAUGCCUCAAAACCAACGAGUCAUGCUUCUUAAACAGGCCACAAAAAGUCAACAUACACUAUUUGACCUAUGGCAACUCUGAUUUUGCCCUAGCUCCGUAUGGACCCUUUUGGAAGUUCAUGAAAAAACUAACUGUAUCGAAGCUCCUCGGAGCUUCGAUGAUGAAUUUCUAUCGUCCAAUAAGGAAAGAAGAAAUAAGGUUAUUGAUAAAUAGCAUUCGAAAAUUGGCAAAUGAGGGCGAAAAAGUUGACUUGGGUGCACAACUAAUGGGAUUGGCAAACAAUGUCAUUUCUAGGAUGGCGUUGAAACAAAAGUGUGCAAAAAAUGAUGACGAUGCUUAUGAGAUGAGACAUGUGAUUGAUGAGAUGUGUGAUUUGGGUGGGAAGUUGAAUGUUCAAGAUUUCAUUUGGUUUUGUAAGAAGCUUGAUUUGCAAAGGUUUGGGAAGAGACUUAAGGAUGUAAGAGAUAGGUAUGAUAGGUUGAUGGGGAAGAUUAUUGAGGAGCAUGUUGAGGCCAAAAAGAAGAGAAUGGAGGGUAAUAAUAAUAAUAACAAUAAUGAUUAUGAGAAUAAUAGAGAUAUUCUUGAUGUGUUGCUUGAUGAGUUUGAAGAUGAGAAGUCGGAGAUAAAGUUGACCAAAGAAAAUAUACAUGCUUAUGUUAUGAACAUGUUUGGAGCUGGGACAGAAACUCAAUCAGUAACAAUAGAAUGGGCAAUAUCCGAGUUAAUGACCCAUCCAACAAUCAUAGAGAAAGCAAGAAAAGAAAUAGAACAAGUGGUGGGAAACAAGAGAAUUGUAGAAGAGUCAGACCUUCCAAACCUUCCAUACAUGGAAGCCAUAAUAAAAGAAACCCUAAGACUCCACCCUGGAGGGGCCUUCACAGCCCGGGAGUCAUCCAAGGACUGUAUUAUUGGUGGAUACCAUGUGCCAGCGAAAACUCGUGUGUUCGUUAACACAUGGGCCAUUAAUCGAGACCCAGCCAAUUGGGAUGACCCGAACCGAUUCAUACCCGAGAGGUUCAUGACGGAGGAGAAGAAGGAUGUGGAUGUAAGAGGCCAAAACUUUGAGUUGUUACCCUUUGGGAGUGGGAGGAGAGGUUGUCCUGGUGCAAAUUUGGCUCUUUUGAUGAUUCCAGCGACAGUAGCAGCUUUGGUUCAAUGCUUUGAUUGGAAUGGUACUGAUGUAGACUUGGAUGAAGGUUUUGGGUUGUCAAUUCCAAGGGCCAAGCCUUUGGUUUGUUACCCUGUGGUUAGGCUUGAUCCAUUUCCUCAGUUUAUGUGAGAUUAUUCAACACUUCCUAUAUAUGUUUUUAUAAUUUGUAUACAUGUGUCUGGGGUUUAAAUUUAAAAUAAGUGAUGGCCUUUAAAUCUUAGCAAUGCAAUAUUAAUAAAAUAAAUUAUCUUUCAUGU